CCUGAUGCCUGUAUCCAACAUAACAGUGAGACCCAACCGCAAGAAGAAUAACGUAGAAACGAAUAAAAUAUUGUGAACAAUCGAAAUUCCAUCAAUCAGAAUCAUCGUAGUUGAUUCCCCUGGCGGUUGGGUCUAUAAUGGGGCUAGAAUAAGUAGGCCGGAUGAGUACGGCGCGUUCUAGUUCUGAUUAACUCAAACCAAAUGGCUAACUGAUUCUGUUGCGUUGGUGAUGGAUGAGUAGGCAGUUAACUCAAUCACAUAGGUUUCGAUCAUCAGUUUAGGAACAAAAUGAUGGGAAAGAGCUGCAAUUGCAAAGACAGAACUAGAAGGAGCACGGGGGCUGGCACGUACGUAGCGGAGCACCCAGUCAUACAGUGGAUGGAGCAACUGGCUAGUGGUGACAAGGAUAGGGGUCAGCACGUCGAGGAAUCUUCGGCUUCUUCUAAGUGGGGGAUGUUCUUAUCAUCGUCUACAAGAAUGGAGGCUGAACAAUUAACGCAGUACAUCAUGAAGAACAUCAUGGAAAAGUGGAGCGAAAAUGAUGGAGGGAAAGCGUUUGCACUUGCGUAUGGAAUGGAAUUAACGUUACGAAGGCAGCAGAAAUCAUCGAUCACCAACGGGGCAAGAAUUACAGGGGCAGAACUAGAAGCACCAGAGCACAGGGAUGCGUAGACGUUUAGAUUUUGCGCAGCUUACCAAUAAAGUUCGUGCUCAAAUUAGCUUGUGGGUAUUAAUUCAGUUAAGUUAUCCCUCUAGCUGAAAACUGGCGCGCGGUGCAAGGUGCUUGUGGUUGGUUGAUCUCGUCCCGUUUGAAGUGGAGGCGUUUGGUGGCUAUUAUCCAUGACCUGUAGUUCUAUCUCUCGGCGUUGUGGUCAUCAAAUCCUGCCAGCUUGGUUGGUUUUAUCUUGUUUGUUAUGCAGGCGCUUAGUGUCUAUUAUCCCUGACCUCUUUUACCAUUCGGGAUAUUCCUAUUCGUUUGUUCUUAGCUCGCUCUAUCGUGCGUUUGCCUGCUUGUGUUUUAGUUCGUUGGGUAAAGUUUAUUUUCAUAGGGUUUGAUGUUUAAGUUGUUCGUGAUUACUUCAGUACUCUGUCGUUUCAGAUUCAUUGAUUUGCUCUGGUGGUAUAUUUCUGCUUCAAGUUUACUCAUAUCUUAAAUGCACACUCAGCUCAACAUCACUGAAAAUUCAGAGCCAGGACGUUGAGCGCAUCCCUCCCUCCCCUCUUGCUGAACUUACCCCAGAUUGGGCACACGAAUACCAUUCUGCAGGAGAAAGGAUCGCAAAACUUGCAAAAUUGAGCGAUCGAAAUUAUCAUAUCACUGCCGUGACUGCCUCCCGUAUCUAAGAGGUAGUAGCCCAUUUCGAGGGUGAGGGGCUGGCAAAAUUUGCAAAGUUGGGCGAUGCUGUGCUACGAGUCACUACGUAGGAGGUAGUCUUCCCGCGAAAUGCAGCACCCACUUUGAGAGGAGGAGGCUAGCGAAAAGUUUAACAUCACUGGAUAGAGGAGGAGGCUAGCGAAAUAUUCAACAUCACUUGAUAGACUGCUCUAUUAAGUCGGUUUCUAUCUGUUGUAGCAGACUCGGUCACGGCCAUGCUAUGUAUACUAUAGUGUGUGUAGACCGAUUGUUUCGGUCCGACCGAAGCACUGGCGUAUACGGCGUCUGGAUGCCAAAAUUUUGUGCCCGUUUAGAAGCCGGAAGACGCGCAAAUUUUUCAAAUUACGUGUCCGAAAGAAUUUUCAGCAUUGCCGCCUGAACCUGAAUAGAGGGCAUCUCUUCUCCCCAAAAAAGAGAAGCGACACCGCCCAAUUUGCAAAAAUGAUACGAAAGAGCCACUUGACGAUUGCAACUCGCAGG